AAGAACUCCUAUGGAAGAUGGAACUCCUUGUCCAUUUUCCAGAAUCUGUUUCCAAGUCCAUCAAAGGAACCUGAUACUGCUGUUCUGUUUUGAAAUGCUUGAAGAACACCCACAUCUCUGCCUGCACCUUCCAUCCUCCUGAAAUCAUGGUCUUCUCACCAGUGUUGACAGCUUCCCAUACUGGGGCAUCCAACACAACAUUUAUAAUCUAUGAAAACUACUACAUGAAUAUUACAGUCCCUCCACCAUUCCAGCAUCCUCGUAUUGGUCCACUACUUAGGUAUAGUUUUGAAACCAUGGCUCCGACUGGUUUGAGUUUCUUGACAGUGAAUAGCACAGCUGUGUCCCCCACACCAGCAGCUUUUCAGAGCCUAAAAUUGCCUCUCCAGAUCAUCCUUUCUUCUAUAAUGAUAUUUAUUCUAUUUGUGUCUUUUCUUGGGAACUUGGUUGUUUGCCUCAUGGUUUACCAAAAAGCUGCCAUGCGAUCUGCAAUUAAUAUCCUCCUUGCCAGCCUGGCUUUUGCAGACAUGUUGCUUGCAGUGCUGAACAUGCCCUUUGCCCUGGUAACUAUUAUUACUACCAGAUGGAUUUUUGGGAAAUUCUUCUGUAGGCUAUCUGCUAUGUUUUUCUGGUUGUUUGUGAUAGAGGGAGUUGUCAUCCUGCUUAUCAUUAGCAUUGACAGGUUCCUUAUUAUUGUCCAGAGGCAAGAUAAAUUAAAUCCAUAUAGGGCUAAGGUUCUGAUUGUAGUUUCUUGGGCAACUUCUUUUUGUGUAGCUUUUCCUUUGGCUAUAGGAAACCCUGACCUACAGAUACCUUCCCGAGCCCCACAGUGUGUGUUUGGGUACACAACAAAUCCAGGUUACCAGGCAUAUGUUAUUUUGAUUUCUCUCAUUUCUUUCUUCAUACCGUUCCUGGUGAUACUGUACUCAUUUAUGGGCAUACUCAACACCCUUCGGCACAAUGCCUUGAGGAUCCAUAGCUACCCUGAAGGUAUAUGCCUCAGCCAGGCCAGCAAAUUGGGUCUCAAGAGUCUACAGAGACCCUUCCAGAUGAGCAUUGAUAUGGGCUUUAAAACACGUGCCUUUACUACCAUUUUGAUUCUCUUUGCUGUUUUCAUUGUUUGCUGGGCCCCGUUCACCACUUAUAGCCUUGUGGCAACAUUCAGUGAGCACUUUUACUAUAAGCACAACUUUUUUGAGAUUAGCACCUGGCUACUCUGGCUUUGCUACCUCAAGUCUGCAUUGAAUCCACUGAUCUACUACUGGAGAAUUAAGAAAUUCCAUGACGCCUGCCUGGAAAUGAUGCCCAAAUCCUUCAAGCUUUUGCCACGGCUCCCUGGUCACACAAGGCGACGAAUACGCCCCAGUUCUGUUUAUGUGUGUGGGGAACAUCGGACAGUGGUGUGAAUAUUAGAACUGUCUGACAUUUUAGGUGAUGAUUGUUCUUUAUUGCGUUUAAAUUUUUUUAUCUGGCUUCUCCACUUAAACUUUAUUGGUUUUUAGAGAGAGAGAGAGAGAGAGAGAGAGAGAGAGAGAGUGUGUGUGCGUG